CCUUGGAAUCACGUGAUCAAAACACUGUCAUGGCGGCCGCCGCUGCUGCGCGAGUGAGCGUGGGGCAUCUGACUUUGAGAAUUUCAAGAGUAGCACCAGACUGUAGUAUUUGUCCUUUUAACAGACUCAAUGUAUGUAGGAAUGCCAUUACGGGUGGAACAAAAGGACGAGCCCUAGAUCGUUUUCGCACGCCAAAUAGGAAUCUCCAGACAUCUAUCAGUCACUACCAUCUAGCAGACCAUAGCAACGCAGAAGAUCCAGAUGAUGUAGUCAAUGUGGUGUACGUAGAUCGAUCUGGACAUCGGAUACCUGUCAGGGCCAAAGUUGGGGACAAUAUUCUCUACCUUGCUCAUAAGCAUGGCAUUGAAUUGGAGGGAGCCUGCGAAGCGUCCCUAGCUUGCUCAACAUGUCAUGUGUACGUACAAGGAGACUAUUGUGAUAAGCUGCCAGACCCAGAUGAGAGGGAGGAUGACAUGCUGGACAUGGCGUCCAGUCUGCAGGAGAACUCCCGCCUGGGCUGCCAGAUCAUCCUGACCAAGGAGCUAGAGGGCAUCGAGCUCACGCUGCCCAAAACCACCCGCAACUUCUACGUGGAUGGCCAUGUUCCGAAACCUCACUGAGUGAGGGUGAGCUGUGGUCUGGGGAAGUUGAAAGUUUACGGCUGGGGUGGGAGGUAACGAGGCAAGGCUGUUAGUAUGUUGGUCUGGGAUAUGAGGUCAACGGGUCACCCUGAUAAACAGCAGGUUUCUUGCUGAACACUAAGGAAAAUCAUGCCCCCCAAAAACCUCAGUUUGGUUCAGGGCUCUCUCCUUAAAAUGUAUGUUAAGUGCAUUUCAUUGAAAAGGUCACAUUUGAGUUUCACUUACUGCAUACAAGCAAAAUAAGGCCAUACAAACCUCACCUAUUGUGCAAAACUGAAGCGCAAAACUAUUACAAAAAACUACUGUUGUUCUUUGAAAAAGUCAGACAAUCUUAGGCAAGAAACUUUUUUUUGUUGUGUGAUACAAAGGAACAUUCCUUGCUAAGAUUGGUAAAACAAAGCAAAAAGUCAGACGCACAAACAUUACAAGAGUUCUCAGCAUUGCACACUCUCUGCUUUCCCAUCUGACCAUACAACUUGCCCACUUUACUCACAUAUCCAGAUGAAAUAAUACUGUGAUAAAAGGCAGGGCUGUUUAUCCAAUUCCCACCCCUCCCCUGUGAAGUGCAGCCUGUUACCUGAGUUCUCUACAAAUAAGGAAAGUUGACAGGUUUCUUAAAGUCUUCGAACUUAUGAAGCAUCUUGCCCUAUCUGUGUAGAUUUCAGUGUUUAGUGUCUGUUAGCAGGAGACACAUCUUGUGUAGUUUGUACAUUUAACAGCUACUUGCUUCAUUUUAAUUUAAUCAUUUCACUUCAAUUGAGUUAGCAGGAACCACAUGUAAACAGUAUUUCUGCAGUUGUUCAGUCCAGUAUGUUUUUCCUUUCCUGUUUUUCAGUUGUACUGUAACGGUCAUAUAUGCGCACAAUGUAACCAUUACUUUUGUACAAGUAAUGCAAUUACAAGUUAGGGUUUUAAUAAAACUCUUAAACUCA